CACUCACAGACAGGGAUUAAAACCCAAUUAGGACAGUCGGUGCACAGGGAAUCCCGGCAUCCUUCAGUCAUGAGGGCUCGAGGCUAUAGCUGGGUCUAGGACAGAGCACGGCCAGGACCUGGUGGCAGUCGGUCUAACAUUGCCGGAGGUUCGACUGAACGAAGAUGACCAAGAUGGAGUGGUCUUCAGUCUUAUUAGUCUUUCUGUCCACGAUCAUGUGCACGACGGCAUUCGACAGCGACUGUCCAAUAGGCGACGCCGAAAUCUGCUCGACCGUUAUGUCAAACCAGCUGAACAUCACCGAAGUGAGAGGCGAAAUGGAUCAAGUUCUCGCAGACAUCAAGGACGAGCUUCGGAAAAACAGAGAGGACAUGAAGGAGCUCAUGGUCCACUUACAAAGGGACACAGCCCAGGCGGCUUUGAAAUUCGAAGAGCUCGCCAAAUGCCAGACACAGACCAGUGAGAAUGUCGAAGUCAGAUCGAAGCUCGAGACUAAGAAGAAGGAACUCAUGAAGGAGACGCAGAAGAAGUUGGACGCCCGCAACCAGUUGCAGGAGGAAGUGGAGUCCCUGAAGCAGAGGAAGGCCGCCUCCCUAGAGAAGAUCCAGUGCCUGAAGGGUCAGAUCAAGAGUCGAGAGGAGCUGAUCGCUAAUCUCUCCAUUCUGGCUCACGCACCUCUGGAUUGCGCAGACUUGCAACUGAAAGGACUGAAAAAGAGCGGAGUUUACACAAUUCACCCCAUGCAGAACGAAACUAAGCUCCAAGUGGUAUGUGAUUUCGAAACAGACGGUGGAGGGUGGACAGUCUUCUUCAACAGGGCAAUUCAGGUCAAUCCCGUGAACUUUAACCUCUCUUGGAGCGAUUACAAGAACGGUAUUGGAAAUGCCUCCGGGGAAUACUGGAUGGGAUUGGACUUCCUCCAUCUGCUGACGUCCUAUUAUCCGACAUCCCUGCGAUUCGAAGCCUCAGACUUCAAGAAAGUCGAGAAAUUCGCAGAAUAUAACACCUUUCGAGUGGACAACGAGGAGAACAAUUACAAGCUCACCCUUAAUGGCUACCAGAAUGACAGCACUAUGUUCGAUAACCUGGCGACAAACAACAAUUGCUACUUCACCACAAGUGACAGAGACAAUGACAAUUUCAUUUCGAGAAACUGUGCUACAUACACUAACGUGGGCCAUGGAGGAUGGUGGUACUCAAAUUGUGGUUACAGCCGUCUGACAGCGCCCCUAUCCAACUCGGCUUCUUGGUCUUCAGCUAGCGUGUAUAAUUGGGACAAACCCAGGAAAACUGUGAGCUUGAAGACGAUAUCAUUGAAGUUCAGACGCCAUAACUACAAAGACUUCGCUAAUGUUAGGGGAUCAGGCAUCUGAAAAGGAUACUAGAACGGCGCUCUCAGCUGAGUGUGGGGUGGGUCUACGCCACUUCUAACUCUUUCUAUAUUUCCCUUUCUGAUAUAGGUACUAUUUCCCCCAUCUAAACUAUCUCACACCUUCCUCUGCCUAACCUUAGCUUUAGUGAGAAGCAUAUUAAGAAGUGGAACCUGUCCCUAUGAAGAAUGUAGUGAGGUUAAGGUCAUUCCUGACAUCACACUAAAGAAGAAGAUUUGAGUCAGUUCUGAACUCAGAACCAAAGAUAAAUAGAAAAUUGACAGAGA